GCAGAAAGUUUUAUUAGAAUAGGGUUCUCCUAAAAAUAUCCAAGAGUAUUGGAAAGUUUUACUUUUGCUUUCAUACCGGCCAGCAAAAAUACUCCACUAGUCGAAGGAUUUGUUCAGAGACGCUGCUGCUGUUGAACUUUGAAGGAGCCCACACCAAGCACUUUCAAUAGACAUCGAGUAUCAAGUCUGACUGUUGAUCAAACAAUAACGGCAAUUCUCUCAUCAUGAAGGAAAACGGAUAUCCGAUGCCUCCCUGGGAACUUUUAUCCCCCGCAGCUGCUCCUCCAGUCCUGACAUUUGAUGAGCCUGCUCUAGAGAGGAUAUCUCUCGCAUCCCCCAACGAGCCUCAAAACGAUACUUCUCCCUUGCCGGGACUGGGACAGCCUAUUGGCCAGAUGUGUUCUCCAGAGGGCCAGUGGAACUGCAUGGCAACUUCAUUUCAACGGUGCGCCAGCGGGAUGUGGAGCGUUCCUGUGCCAUGCGCAGUAGGGACAAUUUGCCAGCCUUUCGGCCUAACGGAUUAUAUCACCAUCGAAUACGAAGCGACUGCGAAUAACGGCCAUGCAGAUGAUGGAAGAGGUGGUGGCGAUGAUGGGAGAGGUGGAAGGAGGAGUUCUGGGCUUCGAAACACGCCAAACCUGGUUUUGCUUUUGACGGCGAUUGCAGCGGGAGUUUUCUGGGGGUUUCUUGGAUGAAUAUAUGUUGAAUGUACGGCAUAUGACAUAAACCAAGUGAAGGAAAUUUGUUUUUUACGUUAAAUAAAGAGUUUUCUAGAAGAAGGAUUAUCAAUGGCAAGAAUCUGGUAUUGCUUAUACAAGACUGCCUAGGGUAG